CCAUUAUACAUUUUACUCAGAUAAGAAUCAGUGGCCUUGAUAUGGUUUAGAGCCAGUCAACAUCUUGGUCACUCUCAAAUUGAGCUGGCGGUUGCCUUGUAGCAGAGCCAUCAUAAAAAAAAAGAAGAAGAAGAGAUAUCCGACAGAUUUUAAAUUAUUUAGUUAUUAGUUUUUCUAUGAUAAAUAGUUAUCAAGAUCAAGCUGAAAUAGAAGAGGAACGCAGAUUUUAGGAUAUCAAAUACUGCAAAUCUUACCAAACCAUCGCAGCCCAUUAACCGACUAUCGCCCAACAUAAAGGACACAACCUUAAAGAAAGAGUGAGCCUCCUAUCCUAUGCUCCCAUCUGUAAAGCCUACUCCAGGCUUACGAAAAAUAGUUGAUAUUUUUAUUUUGUCAGUUAGGUAUGUCAAAGAGGCACAAUAUUGCUUACGUUAAACCUACCGAGCCUACUUUUAUAAGACAACUAAAAGAACAAAUUGGAUAUAAAGAAGGACUGACUGUUGAUACUAAACGGGAGGAUAUUGGUCAUGUCGAUGAAGAUGAUUUGCAGGACACCGAGGAAGAACAGCCCCAAGUAGUAGUGCUAAAUUCGGGGGAUUUAAAUGCUGAAGAAGUUGCUCAAGAAAAACUUAGGUUAGAAAGAGAAGAGCAAACAACGCCGGCAGAUUUAAAUGUUCCCAUAGUUUUUAAAAAACCUACCAAGAAAACCUCUACAGCAUCUGAAGGUACUUCGGAUAGUUCUAGGGACAGAAAAUGUACUAAAAGGAAAGAUGAAAGUACAGAAAAAAAGAAUAAAAAACAUAGAAAUUACAGCUUACUGUCUUUUGAUGAUGAAGAAGGGACUUAAUAAUAGUUAUAUUUAUUUAUUCAACACUUGGUUAAUAAUUACAUAGGCAUUUACGAAUAAGUAUAAUAUAAUAUAUACAAUGUACGCGUCCAGGGGACACAGCAGCUUACUGACCACUGAGAAUUUUGCUCAGCGGCUGACCUUUGUUGCAUGUAAAAAUAGACUGUUCAGGAAAGUUACUUACUCAACCACCCAGCCGCCGGCCAUCCCUGAACGCGCACAAUGAAAGAAUCAGAUAUUUAAUUAUUGCUAGUAAAUACAAUUACAAUAAAUGAAAAAUUAUACAGGGUUGUUCACAUACGGCACGGAGUAUUGUAGCUAAACGAUUAGAUUUUUACAAAUUUGAAGUUUU